AUGAUGUCCUACCCGAAGCUUGCUUCCAUUAAGUCAAACCCUGCCUCCAAGUCGGACCCUGAAUUCAUGGAGCUGACCUCUGAUCAACUGGAGGGCUUUCUCAGUGUCGAUCACCUGGCCGGCGAAGAAGCCGAUAUUCUCAACGCCCUAGUCAGUUGGGUUAGCCACAAUCCUGAUUUUCGUGUGCCAUUGACUGUCAUUCCUGUCGCUGGUAGCACCGACAGUCUUAAUAUUAUUGGCAAUGACUGCCUUGGCAACAGUGGCACAGCUGGUGGUGAAAGAGGAGUUUGUCGACUUCUCAAAUAUAUUCGUUAUGGGCUGAUAUCUGAGGUCCAUCUGAAGACGCUGGUGUUGAAAGAUGAAGUUGAAAAACUGAGUCAGCUGAUGCAUAGAAAGGGCCCAAAAAAUACCAGCAUCCUAUUGCCUGUAAAUCCUGGCUCGGAGGCGCUACAACAGUCCACUCCAUCCGAUGAAGAGUUUACCAAGACUUCGCAUGAGGAGACCUCGAUCAACCCAGGUCAGGAUGAGUCCGAUGGAUAUGACGCUCUCUCUGUUGGAGCAUCACUGGAUCCGAGCUAUUGCAAAGAGGCCGGGAAUCGUUCUAUUGAUGUAGAUCAGAUUCGGCUGCAGCACUCUCAGAAUGACCGUUGGCUAGUUCGUUUCCUCUCCAGAGCACUGACUUACCACAUGCUUCCUAUUCAAGAAAAAUGCCGGCAUUCAUCAAGGAUCAGUUUGCCUAGACUUUGUCGAGAGGUGAGUAAGUCUAGUUUAUAUUAUAACUCUUGA